AUGAGUGAUCUUUUGAACUACAUCCUCAAUAAUGAGGAUGCAUUCCGAAGGAAUCGACUCCCAUCUCUCUAUUCCGACUUCACCACUCAAAAGAAAACAAACCCCGAUGGCUACGCUGUAAACAUCGCCGCAUGGGAAUCAGCAUUGAACCGCGCUGCGAAACGCGGAUAUACCUCAUCACGGGGAGUGCGUGUACGAUCAGGGUCGACGGCGUCACAGAAGAAUGGCCCACCGCAGCGGAAAAAGACCGACCACCUCCUUCUACGGACAGAUGAGUCAUUAGCCAGAGAUCUGGAGCUUCCUGAGUGGGGCAGACCUGUCGCACUCGGGGCUGUUUUUGACGAAGCCAUGCGUAAACGCUCUAUGGUCCCUUUGCCACUGUAUAAGACCACUCCGGGUUGCUUACGGAAGAACCAGUGGAGAUUAAUUGACCCCGCUGCUUUGAGCCCUUGGAAUGUUAUGAGCUGGGGCGUCCGUCAGUUGAAGGGAUUUGUGAUUGGCGAUGGAGAGUCUGCGCCAAAGAUACAGGUCCAGGAGUUAGUGUUGGUAGAAAACUUGGAGGAAGCUGGAGAUUUGGUUGUCAAGAAGGCAACCGGCGGCAAGUCUUCUAAGCUGGAUCUCAUACUAUCGAAAGAAACAUUUGUCGAACAAUACGCGACGAUACUACACGAUGCUACAGAAUUGUCAGACUCUGAUUUUGAUGUUCUUUUGCUCUAUCUAUCCCGCGAUUGCGGGGCCAUUGCAUAUGAUGGCAGGACAAUCAAGUUCAAAUCCGCAGACGAGCCAGCUCAAAUCACGCAGCAAGACACGACAAUUGCGUCCAUCAAAACGCUCGUGGCAACUCUCUCAAAGCAAGUAACGGAUAUGGAGUCAAAGAUUGCAGAGCUCACCCAGUCUGCGAAGACGGCCUUGGCCAAUAAAAAUAGAAUAUCCGCUCUUUCGGCAGUGCGAUCGAAGAAGCUGGUUGAGCAUAAUCUUUCCCAGCGACUCAGUACCCUUGCACAACUAGAAGAGGUCUAUCUCAAGAUCGAGGGCGCUGCAGGUCAAGUUGAGAUCGUCCAAGUCAUGGAGGCAAGCACAGGCGUAUUGCGUGGGCUACACACUCAAAUCGGUGGCGCCGAACGAGUUGAGGAUGUUGUCGAAACAUUGCGCGAGGAGAUGGCGAAGGUGGAUGAGGUUGGUAGUAUUAUGAGCGAAGCUGGCCCAGUCAUUGACGAAGGCGAGAUCGAUGAUGAACUGGAAGCUAUGGAGAAGAGUGACCAGGAAGCGAAAGAGGAGCGGGAAGCAGAGGGAACUCGGAAGAGGCUCGCCGAGCUGGACAGCAUCAAACAAGCUUCAGACGAAGCAGCCCGCCACGCAAAGGAGAAGGAAUUACUGGAUUCUGAGCUGGCAGAGAGCAUCGGUAGGCUCUCUAACAUGUCAGUCGAGGAUUCUCCGUUACCAGCUAAAUAA